AUCUUCACAAAAUAAUAAAUGAAGUUAGGUUCUCUUUUAAUAAUAAUUUUACCACUUUUCUUUUCCCACUCGGACAAGGACAGUUUUCUGAAAGUAAUUAAAAUCACUUAACGCAUGAUACAGUAUCAUAGACAGACCGGGACACUCUCCCGUCGGCAAGUAAAGUAAACCAUUUCACCUAAAGAAAUAUCAAACCAAAACGACACCGUUUUACAACCACCAACGACAACGAGCCUCGUCAAACACGAAUAUAAAAACAUGUACUAACAUAACGGAAGGCUCAAACUGAUUCCUACCGACACUUGGCUCCCGAAUCUACAGCUUCGGAUUCUUCCGAGCCUAAGCUUUGUGUCCUCUGACAACUGACAAUCACUCUCUCUCUCUCUCUAUCUUCUACUAAGCAUGAAUUGAAACCAAGCUCUUUGGUUAGUGCUCUGCUUUUUCUUCCCCUGCAAAAAAAAAACGCUUUCUUUUUCCAUUUUAUCAGUCGCUGCUAUGGACUGACCAAUCACGUUCUCGAUCUUCUUUGUCAAUUCCCCAGUUUCGAUUUUCUUCCGUUUUCAUGGGUCGUUUUUGCCCAUGAGGAAAGUUUGAUUUUUGAACCUGAAUUCUGAACAAGCUUUAGUAACGCUAAAGUGGGUAGUCAAUAAUAACUUUCAAUCCCAAUUUCGAAAAAAACAACAACGAAACAAUAUGAUUCACGCAAAAUCAGACUCGGACGUCACGAGUCUGGACCCUUCGUCGCCGAGAUCACCAAAACGACCGGUUUACUACGUUCAGAGCCCAUCGAGGGACUCCCACGAUGGAGAUAAAUCGUCUUCGAUGCAAGCAACGCCGGCCUUUAACAGUCCAAUGGAGAGUCCUUCACAUCCUUCUUACGGUCGCCACUCGAGGACUUCCUCGGCUAGUCGAUUUUCCGGGAACUUCCGGUCGUCUUCUGGCCGAAAAGUUAGCCGGAAGAGAAACGAGAAAGGUUGGCCGGAGUGUGAUGUGAUUGAGGAAGAAGGAAACUACGAUGAGUUUUAUGGGGACAAAGGAGUGGCCAGACGGUGUCAGAUUCUGAUUGCUUUGCUUGGCUUUAUUCUCAUAUUCUCUGUUUUUUGCUUAAUUUUAUGGGGAGCUGCCAGGCCUUAUAAGGCUCGGAUCUCUCUCAAGUCAUUGACUGUGCAUAAUUUCUACUUUGGGGAGGGAUCAGACAUGACUGGAGUCCCAACAAAGUUGUUGACAAUGAACUGUUCAGUAAGAAUGAGUGUGUAUAAUCCUGCUACAUUUUUCGGCAUUCAUGUGACCUCCUCUCCUAUAAUCCUUAUGUAUUCGGAGAUUGCAGUUGCUAAAGGCCAGUUGAAGAAGUAUUACCAGCCAAGGAAGAGCCACCGGACGGUGUCUGUGAAUCUUCAAGGAAUAAAGGUGCCUCUAUACGGCGCAGGAGGUAGCUUAGCAGUCUCAGACAACGAUAGCGAAGUUCCGAUGACUCUGGUGUUCGAAGUACGAUCAAAGGGUCAUGUGGUGGGAAAGUUGGUAAAGUCAUCGCACCGAAGACGCAUAACUUGUUCUCUUAAUAUUGACUCUCAUAAAUCGAAGCCAAUCAAGUUUAAGCAUGAUUCUUGUAUGUUUGAGUGAAUUACAUCUAUAGCAGCAGUUCUCAAUGGAGGACUGAGUAGCUGUUUUUUCUUACUAGAGUUAUGUGCUCCCCCUCAUAGUAGUUGAAAUUGUUUUGAGGUAAAAUUCAUUGAUAUUUAUUGACACUAGAGAGAGAGAGAGAGUUGUUCUUCUUUUUUGGUCAUCUGUAAUGAGAAGAUUUUUGUCUCAA